GGCUCAAGGAAGCCUAGUUGCACUGCAAUAGUGGGAGGGCAGAUGGUGUAAGCGCAUUUCAAUGCCAGUAACGUAGGGUCUCACUUCUCAUUGCAAUGGCUUAUGGAGCUGAAGGGUCAAACCCUUUCAGCUUGCCCCAGGAGCUGGAGUGCUUCUGGCUGCAGGAGCCCGCGCCGGAGCGCUCAGCCGAAGAGCGGCUGCAGGAAAAGAAGCUGCGAGUCUGGGAGAAGCCCACCUGCUCCUCCAGCUAUGGCUCCAUCCGCAAAGUCCGGGACGAGGAGCUUCCAAUGGCGCCAGUGCCUGAGUCAGUUCACUUGGCACUGGCGGCAGCAAAGGCCAAGGUCAUGGAGGAAGAGCGACCAGACAACACCUUCCUCACGACCGUAGCCACAAAGCCGGCGGUGGGCCUGGUCGAGCCGCUGCACAAGAGUGAGAAGGACAUCAGAAGCUACGUGCAGAAGAAGCGGGAAGUCUUCCUGGUUCACAUGGCCUGCGACAACAAGCGGGAAGAAAUCGUGCGGCUCGAUGCCAUGGCCAAAGCCAAAGAGGAUGCCUUGGCCGCGUCGCAGCAGACGUUGGAUGACGACGCCAAGAAGUUCGAGGAGUACUUGCAGGAGAGGAUUUCCAAGGCAUCAGAAGCCACAAAGGAUAGCGAGUCGCACGCCAAGGUGAAGCAAGACAAAGCCACCAAGAUCAAGCAGCUCAAGCAGCAGAUCGCCACCGUGCAGAGUGAGACGGGUAAGCUAAAAGAGACGCGGUCGGAGUGCGAGCGCUACAAGCACUUCCUUGAGAAGCUCACACCGUCAGAGUGGAAGGAAAAGCAGGCGCGGAAGAAGGAGCAGCGGAAAAAGGAUCGGGCAGAGCGGUGGAAAAAUGAGCGGCUUGCGCCGAUCCUGGAGCAACUGGCCAUAGAGGAGGACAGGCUGUCCGAAAAGUUUGCGCAGGAGGAAGCUGAGGCAGAAGCCAGCAAGAAAAGGAGCAAGAAAAGUCGGCGGCGAGAAGACGAGGAAGAGCUCAUGCAGAAACAGCGGGAAAGAGAUCUGCGCAAGAAGCGCAUCCAGAAAAGAAGGGAGGAAGAAGAGCGGAAGAUCAACGCAGAGUACUUUGAGGUGUCCUCAGAAGAGGAGCCGGAGCUGUUCUUCCAGGAGCCGCAGCAGCUGAUGGAUACGUUCACAGACUUGGAGGAGCUGAACCUAUUUUUGAUUCAGAGCUCUCAGGGCACGGAGCAAGAGCUGGACGAGAUGCGCCACAACUUUGCAGUGAUGAAGAAGGACAUGGGGCAGAAGGUGCAGCAGCUGAAGGAUCAGAUCAUGCAGCUGGAGCAGAGCAUCAAUCAGGAGAAGCGGCGGGGGGAGGAGCUCAGGCAAAGCUAUGCGGAGAAGGCCAGCACAGCAGCGCAGGACAAGAGGCUGUCAAGCCUGGCAGAGAAGGUCUUGGAAGUGUACGCUCGCUGCGACCUGGCCCGGGAUCAGCAGCAGCCGGACACGCUGCAGAUGCUGGGGGCCAUCGAGUCCAGGAUUGAGGAGCUGAUCCAAGGUCUGGACGAGGCUUACCAGCAGGACCAGGACAUGGUGAUAGGCCUGGAAUGGAAGAAAGAAAGGGAUCGAAGAGAAAGGGUCCGCGAGAACAGGCUCAGGGAGCAGUCUGAAAAGCAGGAGGAUCGACUGAAGCAGUCGCUGCAACGCUCGCAGAAGCCUGUUUUCAAGAAGGCCGGAAAGCAGGUCAUGUAUCGAUCACCUCCUUUGCGCCAAGAGCGCAAAGUGGUAGAGGAUACAACUGAUGAUGAAGCACAUGCUGCCGACCACAAGGUCUUCGAUAUUUACAUCGACCGAAAGACAGGGGUGCCGCACACUGAGAUGCCUGUUGAAGAGACCAGGCCCGGGCGUGGCCCUCUCAGUCCCAAGUCGAAUGCCACUGCGAGAGAGAGCAGCUGAUGCAGGAAGUGGAGUUUCACAAUGUCUCCUAUGUCUCACCAGGACUUGAGGUUUCACCGUCGCACAACUCGACGACUGCGGAAA